AACAAGAACGAGCUCCGGUCCUACCUGGACGCCGCCAAGCCGUUCUUGGCGUCGUUCUGCAAUUUCGGGAAGACCGAAGGCGAGCCUUACGAAGAAUGCCAAAAAUGUACAGAGUCUCUCAAGCUAUUCCUCGAUCAUCUUGCCGAACAACGAACAUGGGCCGUAAUGAUGGCCGAUGCCUUCGUCAAACCCCCGACGGGGAUCUUGUCAGGAACCUUCAGCUUCGUGUCGAACUACGAUCAAUGUCUGAAAAUUCCUGAGUUCGAUCUCGACGACAUUGAAAACGUUCUGCAGAAAUAUCCGCGACUACCCUCGAAAGUCAAAGGAGCUUACUGCAGCUUCAAGCUGCGUUUGAAGAGGAACAAAUACUUCAAACGACCCGAGAACGAAACCCUCAGCGAAUUCCAGGAGAAUAUGAAGAAGGAAGAGCACAAGAUGGAUGAUGUGUACAAACUGCAGCCUGAGUUUCCCGGAUACGUGGGACUUUGCGUCCCCUCGCCCUGCUCCAAAGUGUCAUUCGAGAAUCUCGGUCUGGCGAUGAAGAACAUACUACUCAAGUAUAUCAAACCCAAUCGAGAAAAGUUUCCGAUCUUGGUCGGCAUUGACGCGGUGUCCUGCCAUCAAGCCGAUGAUCUCCCCCCCGCCAGUUUUGGUACCAGAUUCAUCUCUGGCAUAUUCAUCCUCCUGGCGAUAAUCGUUCUCAUCGGAACUCUCGCGGACGUCGUCUUCUGCUUGAAACAGAAGCGCGAUCAUAUUUCCAAGGAUGAGGCCAAACACUCGUAUGACUUCGCCUUGGAGGGUAACUUCUCACAAAUGCUCCGCUCGUGCUCGGCCGUGGUCUCUUUCAGGCAGUUGAUGGAUACGCGUGUCCCAACGCACACCGUCAAGUGCCUUUACGGAGUCAAAUUUUUCGCCAUAGUCUGGCUCAUUAUGGGAAACACGGGCCAGCUUCGCGCAGGAAAUAUGACGACGAACAUGAAAGAGAUGGAGAAAACCCUCCAAACAAUGACCACGCAGUUCGUACUCAACAAAGAUUUGGCCGUCGAUACUCUGCUGGUUGUGAGCGGGGUUUUGUCUGCGUUCGGACUCUCGAAGAGAAACGGCGUCGGUCACGUCCUGCGCUACAGCGGUCACCGACUCAUGAAGACAGUGCCGAUGUACUAUCUCCUGCUUUGGUUCCUCAUAUGUUGCUUCGCGCGCAUGGGAGCAGGACCCACGUGGGAUAUCGAGAGUCAACGUUACUUGUCGAAGUGCGGGACGACGUGGUGGGCAAACAUGGCAUUCAUUAACAACUUCCUCAAGGUUGAAAAUCAGUGUAUGCCCCACUCAUGGCUCGUCGCCUAUCUGAUGCAAGGCCUCAUCGUUGCCGUCAUAGCUACGUUUUCCUGGAAAAAGAUGGAAAACGUGACCCAUUUCGUACUCGGAGUUCUAGUCGUGACGACGAUGGUCAUAGAUUUUGUUCUGAACCUGACGAAUAAUCUGGGCCCUACGACGCUUCUUCGGGAAUACCGUUUAGGAUCGAAGAACGACUACAUGUCGAUUGUGGGAAUGCAGAUCUACAGCCGAGGGGGCCCGUUCUUCAUCGGUCUCAUCAUAGGUUUCAUCUUCCACCAAAAGAUGAACAGCAAGGGCACGUUCAGCAAGCUCGGCCGACUUGCCACAACACUCCUGUGGCUAAUGAUUUUGACCGUGGUUAUUGUGACCAUGAACGCCACGUUCGAUUGGAACCGAGGUGCAUCGUAUCCCAGCAACUCCGUUUCGGCUGUUUACGACGCAUGCCAUCGCGUAGUGUUCGCGCUGGGUACGGGGCUUCUCAUCAUGUUGUGCCACGCAAAGAAAGGAGGAAUCGUCAACAUGCUCUUGUCGUGGCCCGGUUUUAUUCCUGUGGGCAAACUCUGGCUCCUUAUCUAUCUUGUGCACCCGUUUGUUAUUUUUCACAGCAACGGCACCCUUCGCGCCCCUGUAUAUUACACCAAAAAACAGCUCUUCUCCGAAAUCUUGUGGAACCUCGUCAUCUCCAUUGUUGUUUCGGUCGUGCUCCAUAUCCUGCUUGUAGCUCCGUUCCAGGCUAUCGAGCGCUUCUUCUACGACACUUUCAUCGAGCCAUCCGAUGAGAGUGAUUUUAGCAUUCUCUACCUGCGGUACACUAAUCUGAAGAAGGAUGUGGAGACCGGCAGCUCGAAUCAGAGCAGUCCUUCAGCGCGGAAAGACCGGGAAGAGCUGCCCGAACCCUACGACAAGCAUCAGAGAGAUUAUCCCAACGGCGAAGACACGACGGACAAAUCCGACGAAAAAGUAUGA